AUGGAAGCCUUCAGGACCCCCCCGUGCCCCCGGGGCGGCCCCGGAGCCGGUGAGUGCGGGCGGGAGCCCCCGGCACGGCCCCUGCCCGCGGCCCCUUGCGCCCAUCCCGCCGUCCCGGACGCGGGAGCAGCCGCCGUCACCAUCCCGGCGUCCCCCUUCAUGCAGAAGCUGGGCUACGGCACGGGGGUCAACGUCUACCUCAUGAAAAGAUCUCCCAAAGGCUCCUCGUCGUCCCCGUGGGCCGUGAAGAAGAUCAACCCCAAGUGCRACAAGAGCCAGCAAAGCGUCUAUGAGAAGAGGCUCACCGACGAGGCCGAGAUCCUGAAGAACCUGCGGCACCCCAACAUUGUGGGUUACCGGGCGUUCACCAAGGCCCACGACGGCAGCAUGUGUCUGGCCAUGGAGUUUGGAGGAGAGAAAUCCCUCAACGACCUAAUCGAAGAGCGAAACUCGGAGCGCUUGGGCCCUUUCCCUGCCGCUACCAUCUUCAAGGUCGCCUUGAGCAUGGCGAGGGGGCUGCAGUACCUUCACAACGAGAAGAAGCUGCUCCACGGAGACAUCAAGUCGUCCAACGUGGUGGUCAAAGGUGACUUUGAAGCCGUCAAGAUCUGCGAUGUCGGCGUGUCCCUGGCCCUGGACGAAAACAUGACCGUGAGCGACCCGGCCGCCUGCUACAUCGGCACCGAGCCCUGGAAGCCCAAGGAGGCGCUGAGCGAGGACGGCGUCAUCACCGACAAGGCCGACAUCUUCGCCUUCGGCCUCACGCUCUGGGAGAUGAUGACCCUCUCGGUGCCCCACCUCACCCUGCCAGGGGACACCGAUGACGAAGACGCCUCCUUCGACGAGGACGACUUCGACGAGGACGCCUACUACGCGGCGCUGGGCACGCGGCCCGCCCUCAACCUGGCCGAGCUGGACCCGUCCUACCAGCCGCUCGUGGAGCUCUUCUCCGUGUGCACGGGCGAGGAGCCGCGCGCGCGCCCCUCGGCCGCCCACAUCGUGCACGCGCUGGAGACCCUCCUGCCCCUCUUCCCUUCCAGUGGGUGAAGCCUCCGCCGGGCGCCUCCAACGAGGCCCAUUUCCRUAAGGAACCCCCCAGUUCUAGCACUACUGCAGCCCAAGGUCAGGCCUGGGUGUCCGGGCCUUGAGACCCCCCUCCAACCUGCACUUAGGUCCUCAGGGGCCCCUCGCUCCCCGUGCAAUGCUCCUUCUGUCGCUGCUUUUAAUCGUUGCGUCCCUGCUGUAAAUAGAGUAUUAGCUCUUGUACACGUCCGUGUGAGCUCAGAUGUUGCUCUGUUGUGUCUCUUUUUCUGUCUGGAAGGUCCAAAAUAAACUUCUUUCCCACAAAGGUGGAGAAAGGGCCGGUGUUUUCCCACCACCUCUCC